AUGCAGGGGAAAAACAGUGGGCCUUGGCCAGAGCUGGGAGGCCCAAGAAGCUCCAGACAACAUGGGCCUGCUGGGCAGGAUACAACAACUACUGUUAAUGGAGAUGAAGACCAUGUACCAGACCCAACUGCAGUAGAGCUGGAUAGUAAGUAUGAGAAACCUUAUGAGUAUGAAAGUGAGGUGUUCAACAGUCUAGUUUCAUCUGGAGAUGAGGGUAAAACAGCCUAUGAUACUUUUGAUGAGGACACUGAAUAUGGUGAGGUCCAAUUUAAGGUUGGACAGUUGUUCCACACCAUGGAGUCAUUCAAGAAGACCAUGAAAGAUUAUUUUGUGCACAAGGGUAAAGAUGUUUUAUACAUUAAGAAUGAGAAGCUGAGGGUGAGAGCAGCUUGUGCAGGUUGCUUUCAGAUCAAAAUUCUUUACAAUGAACACAAUUGUGGAAUGGAUUUUGGUAGCAACUUGGCUGACAGAGCAUGGGUCACUGAUAAGUUAGUUAAGAAGCUCUUUACAGAGCCUGAUCUGAAGCUAGGUGCAGCCAGGGAUCAUAUCAUAGAUGAAUACAAUGUGAAAGUGAAUCUUAGAAUGGUAGCUAGAGCAUUGAAGGUUGCAAGAGAGGUUGUCAUUGGGAGUGAAAAGGCACAGUAUAGAAAGACACGGGAUUACCUGAUGGAAUUGCACAGAAGUAACCCAGGAUCAACUGCCUUGAUGGAAGUAAUUCCCCAACCUGAAUUCCUGCCACUAUUCGAUAGGUUAUACAUUAGUUUGGAUGUCUGUAAGAAGGGGUUUAAGGAGGGAUGUAGGCCACUAAUAGGGUUGGAUGGCUGCUUCUUGAAGGGUCAUUAUGGUGGCCAGCUUCUAAGUGCGGUGGACCAAGACACAAAUAACCACUUCUAUGUCAUUGCAUAUGCAGUGGUCCCGAAUGAAUGCAAGGAGACAUGGAAGUGGUUUUUAACUUUAAUGAAAAAAGACUUGGGUGAAGUUCCACAACAUGGCUGGAACUUUAUUUUCGACCAACAAAAAGGUUUGGAGCUGGCAAUGAAGGAAGUUAACCCUACUGCCCAUCACCGAAACUGUGUUCUUCAUAUUUGGAAGAACUUUAUAAAAUAUUUCAAAGAUGAACAAACAAAGCAGAUGGUAUGGGAGUGCUCUCGUUGUACAACAAUUCAAGAAUUCAGAAGUGUAAUGGAGAAAUUAAAGAAUCUGAAUAAGGGAGCCUGGGAGUAUCUGCAGAGAAAGAAGCCAAUUCUGUCAAUGUGUGAAGACUUGAGGUGUUACAUCAUGAGAAAAAUGGCUAUGCACAAGAAGAGACUAGAGCACCACACUGGCAUGCCUUGCAGACAUGCGGUUGCAGCCAUGGCUAAGAUGGGGUUGAAGCCAGAGGACUUUGUGCAUAAAUGGCUCACUAUGGAUGCUAUCAGAUCAGCCUAUUCUGUCUGCAUUAAUUCAGUUAACAGUGAAGAAUAUUGGAACCCAACUGAUUCACCAUAG